GUAUUAUUGUGUUGGGUAUUACGCAAUUAUAUUAUCUUACCAAUUAAGUUCUUUUUAAAUUUUAUUUGUCUAAUUUAAUUUUGGUAAACUUGGCUUAAUAAUAAUAUUUUUAAAUUAAAAAAAAAAACCAAUAUAAAAUUUAAUUUGAGAUAAAAUAUUAUUUUGUAUGACACGUAAGGCAAGGCGGUGAUUGGUCUUUCUUUUUGCGAAGAGUAUUUGGACAUCCCCCGCCCUCUCCUACCUAUAUAAAUUGGCCUAUUCCUAUUCCUAUUCCUCGUAAAAAAAGCAAAGUUAAGUAGUUCAGUGUGUUUAUUUCUUUGGUCUCCCAGCAGCAAAACGCAACUACUAGACUACUACCAUGACAAACUACUUCGACUUCUUUCCUCUGCCAUUGAAUAAUGCUGCUGUUCAUUCUGAUUGUGAGCGCGCUUGCGCUGCUGCACUCAAUACAGUCAACAAUACUCAAUCGCACCCUCCAAUUCCUAAUACUAAUGUUUUUCAAUUUACGGCAAAGAUCAUUGACAAUUCUGAUGAGGCAAAGUGUCAAAGGAGGAAGCAAGCAAAUAUAGAAUCAGCUAAACGGUCUAGAAAAAGAAAACAAGACUUGAUGAAAAACCUUGAGAAAGAGGUUGAAGUUCUUAAGAAUACAGCCUUAGAAUCAUCACAGGUUCACCGGGAGCUUAAAGAAAAGUGUGACAAAGCUCAUUUUGAGAAUAGAAUUGCAGUAAUUGAUUAUGUGACAAUACCUUUACUGGUCUAUAAGACUGAGCUACAACUUAUGAGAGUGACAGGGUGCCACCCGCUUAAUGACCCACUUUUUAUAUCUAUGGCUAACAAUGCAGGUCUGAAUUUGUCGGAUGUUAGAAAAAGCCUACUACGUGCACCUUCAUAUCCAAGCAAAGUUGGCAUGCAGCAGGGGCAAAAUCAAACUUUUCCAAAUACUGGUUUGCAUAGGGCUAUGCCUGGUUGAGACAAUAACCAAUAGAAUAAGUACUAGUUUAGAUUUAUUGAUGUUGAUUUGUACAACAUCUUUCUAAUUGUUAUUAUGAUUUAGUUAAAUCACUAUUGGUUGAUUUGGAUGUAAGUACUUAUAAAUGUAGGAUUUAGGUUUCAAUUUCUAGUUGAAAUGACUUGAAUGAUAUGUUAAAUUGCCUUUUCUUUUGAUGAAAUUUAUGGA